AUGGCGUGGCUGCCGGGCGGGCUGGCCGAGCUGCGCUGGGGCGCGCUGGUCGCCCUCUUCGUGGCUGCGCUGGCCACGCUGGCCGUGUACCUGGUGCAGUACGCGCUGCUGGCGCUGCGGAGGGGCCGCCCGGCGCCGCCGGCGGCCGCCGCUCCGGCGGAGCAGCGGGACGAGCUGCUGGAGGAGGGCGGCUCGGUGCUGGCCUGGGCGCUGUCGCGGGGCAGCUGGAGGCGGCAGUGGCGGCGGGCCUGGGUGGCGGCGCUCCGAGCCGAGGCGGCGGAGCGGGCGGAUUCUCAAUUGCUCACAUUUGAGGAAGAUGACCCAGCAGAACCACUUGAGCUAGCAGUUAAAGAAGUUACCAGUGUUGUAAAGUCAGCUGGAGAGAAGGUGGUUUCUUGCAAUGUUGUGGGAGAUUCUGUUAAAUUCCUCGUUGCUGUCUCAGCCCCCCCGCCCGCGGCUGCCGAACCUCAGUCGUAUUUUGUGAAGCUGUCCCCAGUCCACCUGCAGCUUCAGCUCUAUGUGAAAGACAAAGGAGAAGAUGUCAAAGUUGAGUGGUUCCUCAUUAACACCGAUGAAAUCAACUUUGAAAUCCAGCCAGCAGUGCAGGAGGAACAGACAGCAGGGACAUGUGCAAUAUCUGAAACGCUCAGAGAUGUCUUGAAGAACCUCUUCAGCUCAGCUUCUCCAUCUGUAGUGUUGAGUGUGAGGCCUGCAGAUACAAAGGAGGUUCAGAAUGUACAGAACACGAGCCUUCUCCCUCAGGGCACAAGUCCUCCCAAACCUCCGAGGGCUCACGAGCUCAGGCUGCUGGUGAGGAACAUCGAGGUGAAGCUGAGUGAUCUCCGUGCUGCAGGCAGCACAGACCUUGUGUGUAUAGUUCAGUUGAAUGACCCUAUGCAGAAGUUUUCCAGCUCUGUAGCCAAAAAUGCUGCACAUCCCUUUUGGAAGGAAGAGUUUAUCUUUGAACUAAGUGCCAAAUCAAAAGCAUUGCAACUGCAAAUAGCAGAAGAUGGGAAGUUGGAUAGUCCUUUAUCUGGGAAGGUGACUGUACCUCUAGACCUGUUCAGGAAACAGCCCUCUGGCCAGCACAGCUUUGCUCUGACCAGCGGGGCCAGGGAGAGCAGCUCGGAGCCAGGGCUGGGAUCCAUCAGUGCAGAGUUCUCUUUUAUAGAACCCAGUGAGCUGAAGGCAAGGCAGGUCUCCUCCCCAGUGCUGGCCACCAAGAUCGAGAAGGAUCGCACUGUGAUGCCCUGCGGGACUGUGGUCACCACUGUCACUGCUGUGAGAACCAAACCUCGCUUGGAAGGGAGAGCAUCCCCCCUGAGCACAGAUUCUCCUGUGAAAACUCCAGUUAAAGUAAAGGUGACUGAAAAGGAUUUCACUGUUGAAGCCCUCCAUUCCCAUGGUGCUCCAGUCAGCAAAACCUUGUCAUCUUCAGAUACAGAGCUGCUGGUACUGAAUGGCACUGACCCUGUGGCAGAAGCAGCCAUCAGGCAGCUGAGUGAGUCUGCAAAGCAGAAGCUGAAGUCUCCUCGGAAGAAAAGCACCAUUAUCAUAUCAGGGGUGUCCAAGACCUCUUUAUCUCAGGACAGUGAAGCUUCACUGAUGAUGGACUAUGCUGCAGCCAUGGACAGCUCCUGCAGGGAAGCAGAUCCACCCACUGUGGAGGAAGCUGUUGCAAAAAUCACCUCUGAUAAAAAGCAGCCAUUGAGUGCUUCAGAAAGAGUUCCUGGUACUGACCCACAGCAAAGCACCCACAAGACCUGGGGUUUGGAGAAUGGCAGCCAGCAGUGGGACCCCAGCACACUCUUAGACCAGACCUCUGAAGAAAUAUCUGGGAGCUCAUUAAGUGUUUCAGAAACCGGGAGCAUGAAAAAAUCUAAAGGUGGGAUUUUGAAGAAAAGCGCGAAGCUGUUUUUCCGCCGGCAGCAUCACCAGAAGGACCCGGGAAUGAGCCAGUCCCACAAUGACCUGGUGUUCCUGCAGCAGCCUCUGUCCGAGGAGAGCCGCAAGAAGGGCGGGACACUCUCACGAAUUCUGAGCAAGAAGCUCCUUUCCAGGAACAAGAGCAAGAACAAACUGAACGGUGCUUCGGGAGAGCCGUACCUAUGAACCCUCUCCGAUGGGAUACCUGCUCAGCAGUUGAGCACUUGUUUACAGAGCAGUACUAGAGAAUACAAAUAUGGCUGAUGACUUGCAUAAAAGGAUGUUGACUAUUAACAGUGGUCUUUUUGGUUUAUUUUUCCAAAAUGCUUUCUCUCUUUGAUGAUGAAGUCGCUUCUCCAAAUACGAGCGGUGCUGAAUGUGUCCCGAUGGCUUUUGGAGGAACACGUGGUUUCUUGUGGAAGAGGAGGGAGGAUGGGACUGGUGCAGGUGGGGACCAAGAAGGCACCUGAUGUCCUGGGAUGCACUGGGAAGAGCGUUUCCAGCGGCUAAUGCCCCUG